UUUUUUUCUUCACCACCUCCAUUGCAUAGACAUUUAUCUUUAACCAUGUCGUCGUCAAAAGCUAUCGGUAUUGAUCUGGGUACCACUUACUCCUGUGUCGGUGUCUGGCAGAAUGACCGUGUUGAGAUCAUCGCCAAUGACCAAGGUAACCGGACGACACCUUCGUAUGUCUCCUUCUCCGACAACGAGCGUCUCAUCGGCGAUGCUGCCAAGAACCAAGUCGCCAUGAACCCCCACAACACCGUCUUCGAUGCAAAGCGUCUCAUUGGACGCAAGUUCCAAGACGCGGAAGUGCAGGCUGAUAUCAAGCACUUCCCUUUCAAGGUCUUUGACAAGGGUGGAAAGCCGUACAUUCAGGUUGAAUAUCGGGGUGAACAGAAGGAUUUCUCCCCCGAAGAAAUUUCAUCCAUGGUCCUUCUUAAGAUGAAGGAGACCGCGGAGUCUUACCUCGGCACUACCAUCAAUAACGCCGUCGUUACUGUCCCUGCUUACUUUAACGACUCUCAACGUCAAGCUACCAAGGAUGCUGGAACCAUUUCUGGCAUGAACGUCCUUCGUAUCAUCAACGAACCCACAGCUGCUGCCAUUGCCUACGGUCUUGAUAAGAAGGUGACCGGUGAACGCAACGUCCUCAUCUUUGAUCUUGGUGGAGGAACUUUUGAUGUGUCCCUCUUGACCAUCGAAGAGGGUAUCUUCGAAGUGAAGGCCACUGCUGGUGACACUCACUUGGGUGGUGAGGACUUCGAUAACCGUCUCGUCAAUCAUUUCGUCCAGGAGUUCAAGCGAAAGAACAAGAAAGAUCUUUCCUCUAACCCUCGUGCUCUCCGUCGUCUCCGUACCGCUUGCGAACGUGCAAAGCGUACUCUCUCAUCUGCCGCCCAGACUUCGAUCGAAAUCGACUCUCUCUUUGAGGGUAUCGACUUCUACACUUCCCUUACCCGUGCUCGUUUCGAGGAGCUGUGUCAGGACUUGUUCCGAAGCACCCUCGACCCUGUCGAGAAGGUUCUUCGGGAUUCCAAGAUCGACAAAUCCAACGUACACGAGAUCGUCUUGGUCGGCGGUUCCACUCGUAUCCCCCGUAUCGUCAAGCUCGUGUCUGACUUCUUCAAUGGCAAGGAGCCCAACAAGAGCAUCAACCCUGACGAGGCUGUUGCUUACGGUGCGGCCGUGCAGGCUGCUAUCCUCUCUGGUGACACUUCGGAGAAGACCCAGGAUCUCCUGCUUCUCGAUGUUGCCCCCUUGUCUCUCGGUAUCGAGACCGCUGGUGGCGUCAUGACUGCCCUUAUCAAGAGGAACACUACUGUUCCCACUAAGAAGUCGGAAACCUUCUCCACCUACGCUGACAACCAGCCUGGUGUGUUGAUCCAGGUGUUUGAAGGUGAACGUGCUCGCACCAAGGACAACAACUUGCUCGGUAAAUUCGAACUCUCUGGUAUCCCCCCCGCUCCACGUGGUGUCCCUCAAAUUGAGGUCACCUUUGAUAUUGAUGCCAAUGGUAUCUUGAACGUGUCAGCAUCUGACAAGACCACUGGGAAGUCGAAUCGCAUCACUAUCACCAACGACAAGGGCCGUCUAUCGAAGGAGGAAAUUGAGCGCAUGGUUAACGAAGCCGAGAAAUACAAGGCCGAAGAUGAGGCCGCUGCUGCCCGUAUCACUGCCAAGAACAGCCUCGAGUCGUACGCAUACAAUUUGCGCAACUCGAUGACAGAGGAGAAACUCGCCGACAAGUUCGAGGCCUCUGAUAAGUCCCGUCUGGAGACCGCUGUCCACGAGACCAUCUCAUGGCUCGAUAACUCGCAAGAGGCCUCCAAGGAAGAGUAUGAGGAGAAGCAGAAAGAGCUAGAGGCCAUUGCGAACCCCAUCAUGCAGAAACUCUAUGGUGCUGCAGGUGGUGCUCCUGGUGGUGCUCCUGGUGGCUUCCCCGGCGGCGCACCAGGCGGUUUCCCUGGCGGCGCAAGCGAGGAUGGCCCUAGCGUCGAGGAAGUGGACUAAAUGCGUCGGUGUUGCUAGGUCUCCAUGCGUGUUUCUUUCGGACUGAUGAUCUGUACGGGCAAAAAUUAUAAUGAUUGCAUUUCAUGUACGCUACGCUUAGAUAAAAAUUCAACACCUGUAUUUUAUGCGGC